AUGGCCGCUCAACCCAACAAGGAGCAAUUCUCGGGUGGACUUGCAAAGAUCUUGGAAGAACAAUGGCAAGUUGACGUACGGCUCAAGGCAGGAGGGGACAGUGACGAGGGCUCAGCUAUCUCUGUCCACAAAGUUAUAUUGGCAUCAAGAUCUGAGGUUUUUAAGAAGAUACUGGAAUCAGACGAGGUAAAGAUCUCGGCUGAGAAGGUGGAGACAGUCACUCUCUCGGAGAUGAAACAAGGAGAGUUAGAGGCUUUUGUUGAGUUUAUAUACAGUGAUGGCUCUUUGCUUUCUGCGAAAAUGAAGCAACACGUUGGGUCACUUUAUCUUGCAGCUGACAAAUACGUGAUUCUGCAUCUACUAGACCUAUGCAGAAGCGAGCUUCUAUCCACUCUGAGUCCAGAGAAUGCUCUUGAUUUCCUUGAGCUCGCCCAAAUCCCUGAUGACAAAAUCCUCAACGAUGCUGCCUUCGGUGUAAUCAAAACGAAUAUAAGUACGAUUGCUAGCUCUGAGAAGUUCAAGGUGUUCGUAAAAGGUAACCCAGAUCUUGCCGUGGAGAUUAUGAAGGCUUCUCUGGCGAGUCCUCCGAUGGAUCAAAGAUACUGUAAGAGAUGUCGUACGACUAGUCUCAGUUGUUUUUACUGUGGCGAUCGCUUAUGA